AUGAAUAUAAUAAAAUCAAAAACAGGAAAUUUCAAAUUUAUUUCAAGAAUAGGAAUUUUAAAUUAUAAAAGGUGUUUUACUACAGUUAAAACUCCUCAACCAUUGGAACCUCACGAACAUCCAAAACCAAUGGAACCCAAUGAAUUUGACCCAAAACCAGAUGAUCCACCUAGAAAUCCUGAUCCAUCUCCAUUUCCAAAUGAAGUUCCAAAACCUAAACCAUCAGAUUUCCCAAUACCUGAUGAAUUAUAUCCACAACCAAUUGUUUAA